CGCGCCUGGCAGCUCUCCCUGGAAGGCGGUGGUCCCAGCGAAGUCUGGGUCCGGGGUCCGCGGCCUGGUGCGAUUUGGGAGCGCGACGACUGCUGCGUUCGCACGGUUCGCGACGGCGGGGAACCGUGGGGCUUCGGCGGUGGCAGUCUGAGGCGAACCUGGGGGCUUUUGAGCCUGGCGUUUGUGGGCUCGAAUCUCAGGUUUUUCAUUAGUGGCGUAAUGUUGGGCAAAGCCCUUUUUCUCCCUUUUUCUUUCUAAAAUGGCUCCUCUCUAUAAAUUUAUGUGAUUGUAUGUUGUUGCAUUAACAAACUUGCCACCAUUGCUUUUGAUUGAGCUAAAGGCGACUGACAGAUUCAUGGAAAGGUGUUUUUUUUUCCCCCGCCCAUAACCCGAGUCUUUCUACGCCUGCACGGGAAGGGGAAGUGCGAGUGUUUGGGUGAAAAUGAGACGGCGAAUGUGAAGCGCAUAGUCCCAGGUGGCGAGACUUUGGCAAAUGGGUGCACAGCAAUGCAAACAAUUUCCCUACUCUGAGAAAUGAGAGUAAUUGCCGUGCUGGGGAGGAGCCAUCAGUAAAGGUUUGACGGAGAUCACAUGUGAGCCCGGUCUGCAGGAAUAUCCCCAGCCCCAAUUUCUGUCGCGUGCUGACCGCCCGGGCUUGCUGUGAAAUGUUACAUGGGCGUAGAGGGAAACGCAGUUUUUCUCGCUAAAGGGUAGUGAAGUCUCCAUUUCUUUGAAGGGGCCUACUUUGAACUUGACUUGUAAAAUAAGGGGAUUGGGCAUUGAGUGAUCGCCAAGUUCCCUUCCUAUGAGUCUUGGCAACCGAGAAAAUUAUGAAAACAUUUUUCUUUUAGUCUGUAAUACUGAAUAAAAUGUGUUUCAAUUUUUUUUUUAAUAACAUGUGUUAACGAUCUUUGCAGGCAAGAGGCAGAGGGAAACAUUUGCAAAUUGGGCCGGAGUUUGCAUCCCAGUUCUGCCACACCCUACAGGCUGGGGUUAGGCCAGUUCUUUAUCCUUAGCCUUGGUUUUCUAAUCAAUAAAAUUGGAAAGAUGAUAACCCAUCUCACAGGGGCUGUUAUCAAUAUUAAAAAGGAUAAGUUGGGUAAAAAGCCUUACACAACCUCCGUAAAGCUGCCUUUUUAUUUUUUUAAGCCUAUUCAGAGGCACAUUGUAGGUAAUGAAACAAUGCUCGUCUUAAUAUUUUAGAAAUCAAGUUGCUUUUGGAAUCAGGUUCUUCCUAAGGUUGAGGAUAAUGGUAUAAUCCUUUUGCUAUCAGAUAUAAUGAAGAAGGCCCAUUCUUUGAAGCUCUUAUAUUCUGGUUCUGCCAGUUGGUGUGAAACCUGAGCCAGUCAUUUCGUUUUUCUGGACCUGUUUACUCCUUUGUCAAAAAAGGAUAGUAGUACCUACUUUUGAGGAAUUAGAGAUAUUAAGAACAUUGUCCUUAUUCCUGUGUAAUAAACCACCCCAAAACUCAGUGGCUUAACUCAAUUAUUUAUUUUGCAAGACACCUGGUUUCUGCUCCAUCUAAUGGCUCGCUUACUCACAUAUUUGGUGCUUGAUGGCUGUCGGCUGGGACUCCUGGAGCUGUUGACUGGAACGUUUAUACAUGCCCUCUCUGUGGCCCGAGCUUUUCUCACAACAUGGUGGCAGGAUUCUGUGGGCAGCCAGCUGCUGAACUGCCUUUUCUAACCUAGCCUCGGAGUCAUUCAGUGUUCUGCCACAUGCUGUAUUCUAUUAAGAAGUCACUAAGGGGAGGGGACUUAGACUACUUUUAUACAGAAGUGUCAAAAAAUUUUUGGACAUAUUUUAAAAUUACCAAAAGGGGCGCCUGGGUGGCUCAGUCGUUAAAAUUACCACAACUACACAUAAAAUCUGCUCAAGGCAUUGUAGCUACCAUGGUAGACGCCUGGCCUGGAGCUAAUUUCCUGGGCCCUCCGGUCUGUCCUAGUUGGGAUGUACUCUUCCACCAAGCUCUCCUUUAGUAUCUUGUAGAACCUUGGUCUCAACUCACUUAUCUCUCAGACUCAAUUUGUCCUUGUGAAAGGAGAUGCAAAUUAGUACCUGGGAAUAAAGGUAGUAAUUUACUAAGGGAGGGUCACCUGUGUCAUACAAAACCUAGAUGCUUGCAAAUCCUUGUUUAAUUGUAGCUUUUGAAUAUUCUCGGUAAGAAUGAUAGUUUGUAAUUCUAAAUGCCCCUUUUUGCAAUUAAUGAAUUUUCAAAUAUCUGUAUGAGAGGCUCCUUGAGAGAAUAAGAGAAAUUAUUUACUCUUGUUCUUUACUAAGUAUUUGCAAGAUCUUCAUUUAGGUUCAGUUGUUGGUUCAAAGUUUGGCAUAAGGGGGCUCAAAAGUUCAGUCAGUUGGGGAAAUUAGCAGUCCAAGAGCAGUAGAGAAGCAGAUGAAAAUACUAGAAACCUAGUAAUUUUUAGAGCAGCCUUAUGUCAGAAAGUUGGGAUUACACCUCAACUAGACAGUGCCUCUCUAAAUGCGUUUUUUUCCUGUUCAGUUUUUCUUGCUCUAAGGGUAAUCCCUGGUUCUAAGAAAAAGAGUUGAACAGUUUCACAGAUGUGUGGCAUAAUGUACUCAGGUUAAGGACUAUAAAGAAAUUAAGGGAAUUUUGGAAGACCACACAAAUUCUUUGCAGAGCCUCUACCCUUUCUGGUGCUUUACAUGUUUGAUUUUAUUUAUGGGAAGUACUUAAAACAGAGCCAACUGAGUAAGUGCUGCUGCACUAGCUGUUGUUACUCUAUACUGUUCUAAUCUUUCCUGACAGGAGUAAUUAUUUGCAUUAAUAAUUCGAAAAUGCCUUUCAUCCCUUCCUAAAUUAGUCAAAGUUGACGGUAGUAAAGGUACAUGACAGGAAUAAAGCAUCAGCAAAUCAUCUAGAAAGCAUAAAGUACUUAUAAGACUAAUUUUACAGUUAGUAAAUAUUAGUGUUAAUUAGGACUUUGAAACUCACUAAAUUAGUCAUCCCUAAAAGAUUGGUUCCCGUGUCCUGCUAAAGUGGAACUUCUUUUAAACACCUGUUUUUUAGUAACAAAAAUUAGCAUAUGUAGAAAAUCCAGCAAAAAUGCAAACUACCUGUGUGACUUUAAUCCCAGGACACCCAACAAGUUAUUUUACCUCAUAUUUGUAAUAUAAAAUCUUUCAAGCAUUUAAGUACAUAAUGCUAGCCUUUGCUGUCUCCACCAAAAAUCUCAUGUGCUUUCAAAUGUUUUACAAAGCGCAGGAGAAAAGCAUAUGAAAGUGCCCCACCUACCUUCCCUUACUCCUAUUUUUUAAAAGAUAAGAGUUUUAAAAAAAAGUUAACGACUAUUUACUAACAAUUAGUGCUUAAAUACAUUUUUUAAGGAAGGGUUCAGAGAAGAUCCCAGCCUGGGAUCAUUUAAAUUCGGGGGCCGCGGAACAACAUAUCCCUUGCCCUUCAGAUUGACAACCUCCCUGGUCCACGCAUGCGCGCGCCCUACUCUUUAGGGGCUGGCUCGCACCGGCUGGGAACCAUCGAGAACCAAGAGCUAGAGAGGCUCACGCGGGAGCCUGGAAGUGGGGGGAAGGAGGGCCUUCGUCCGCGUGGGCCUCAUCCCUAGUCCCUGCCGCGUGAGGCGUAGCUCGGGAAUCCGAUUCGAAAUAACUCCUACUUCUCUUGUCUAAGAGUGGCUGUAGGAAGCUGAGCUCUGAGAGAAGCGAGUAGGCCGAGGAGUCCGAAAGCCCACCUUGAGGUUGCACAGACGGCGUAUUCAUCCGCGCACUUUGGGGCCAACACAGCCUUGCCGGUGCUCUCCGGCUGCCAGAAGGAGGCGUGUCACCUAUCGGACUGAGGCUGCGCGAACUCUAGAGUCCCUGGAGGGGCGUGUCACACGCACGCCGCGUCGCCGUGGAGACAGGGGCGGGGCCGGCGCGAGACACGCGUGCUGAGACGCGGGAAGCGCUGAGGAGGGUGUGGGCCCCGCGGGUCGGACGAGCGCGGGCCGCGGCUGCCCACUCCUGCUGGGACUUCGCGAGGCCGGAGUGCUCGGCUUGUCAGUUUAUUUGUUGAAGGAACUGGGUCGUUAGUCCUUUGAAGUUUCCUACAUCACCAAUUUUGCUGAUUGCAGAAUCAUUUUUAUUCCCUGUAUUUUUGUUAAAAAGGGAAGAUAAAAGACUUUUUGAUUCAUGAAGAAUCUGCUCACUGAGAAGUGUAUAUCAAGCCACUGCCAAAUUUCCAUCAAAAGAGAAGUAAGCAGAGAAUGCAGAGGAAGGUGGACUCCAGGUCUUUUAAGGAUGGUGCAGUUAAGAAAACUUAUCCUCCAAAGAUACUGACCAACCAGAAGUCUUCUGCCUUCUCUGGGAUGCGGAGUGAGAUACCUAGUGCCAGUCAUCCAGUUCAGUAUCAUGCCUCACGUGGUUGGACCCAAAGGAACCGGUUACGAGAGUUGCGUAUCAGAUGCGUGGCCAGGAAGUUCUUAUAUUUGUGGAUUCGAAUGACUUUUGGAAGAGUAUUUCCCUCUAAAGCCAGGUUUUACUAUGAGCAAAGAAUACUUCGGAAGGUCUUUGAAGAAUGGAAAGAAGAGUGGUGGGUUUUCCAGCGAGAGUGGAAACUCUGUGUUCGAGCAGACUGUCACUACAGAUAUUACUUAUACAACCUGAUGUUCCAGACCUGGAGGACCUAUGUGCAUCAGCAGCAGGAGAAGAGGACCAAGUACAUUAGAGCCGAGAAUCAUGAUGCAAGGCAAAAGAUGAGGCAGGCCUGGAAGUCCUGGCUGAUCUACGUGGUUUUUCGUAGAACCAAACUUCAGAUGCAGACCACCGCCCUGGAGUUUAGGCAGCAGAGUAUUUUGUGGCUGUGGUGGAGCCAGUGGAGAGAGCAACUGGGACAGGUGUGUGUGGGCCAUGCCCUGCUUGCGUCAGCUGUGAAGCACAGGGCCCUGAGCCUCCAGCUGCAGGCCUGGUCACGGUGGUGGGAACAACUCCUACACGUCCAGAGGGAGAGAUGGAAGAUGGUCUCCGCAGUGAAACACCAUGAGCACUGGCAAAAGUGGAAAUCCCUGAGGGCCUGGCUCAAAUACCUGAGGGUCCGCAGAGUGAAGAGACAAUGGAAUGAGAUGGCUGAGCGAUUCCAUCGGGUCACUAUGCUCCAGACACACUUCUGUGAUUGGCAGUGGGCCUGGGAGCGGAAGGAGAGCUUGCACGCCCAGCACGCCCAGGUGGAGGGGUUGGCCCGGAGGAUGGCUCUGCGGCGGGCCUUCACUCACUGGAAACACUAUGUGCUGCUGUAUGCCGAAGAAGCGGCCCAGUGGAAGGUGGCGGAAGAACACAGGAGGCGCAGCUUGCUGCACUUCUGUUUUCGAGCCCUAAAAGACAAUGUGACCCAUGCCCAUCUCCAGCAAAUAAGAAGGAAUCUCGCUCACCAGCAGUAUGACAUCAUGCUGCUGCACAGGUUCUGGGACCUCUGGCAGACUCGGAUUGAGCAGAGAGAAGAGAGAGAGCAGCUCCCCUCACUGUGUGCUGCCUGGGACCACUGCAGAAUAACGUUGCUACGCAAGUGUAUCAAAUCGUGGUUACAUUAUACUCAGAAGAGGCGAUACAAGCAGCGGCUGCGGUCCAGAGCAGACAGUUACUUCGAGCAGAGAGUCCUGCCUGCGGCCUUCUGCACAUGGAGAAGAUUCUGGCGAUGGCACCAGCAGGAAAGUGUCCUCAGUGCGAGAGCAGCACGCUUUCACAGGGAGACGUUGGAGAAGCAAGUAUUUGCUAUUUGGUGGCAGAAAAUGUUUCAGCAUCGAGAAAACCGCUUGGCGGAGAGAAUGGCCAUCCUUCACUCAGAGCGGCAGCUCCUGCAGAGGUCCUGGUCCACGUGGCACCAGCAGGCAGCAGCACGUUACCGGGAGCGACAGUGGACAGCAGCGGCCUGGGCCCACCGCCGCCACUGCCAGCUCAGGAGGGCUUUCUGCAUCUGGAGGGACAGUGCCCGAGGCCUCAGGACAGAGAAGACCGGCCUGGUGCUGGCUGCAGAGUUCCAGGCCGCUCAGCUCCUGCGCCAGGCCUGGGACAGGUGGAAGGAGGGCCUGGCCCUGCGCGCUGCUGAGCGGCGGAAGCUGACGCGCGCCCGCCUGCAUCACCGGCGCACCUUGCUGCGCGGGGCGCUGCGCACCUGGGCGACGUACCAGAGCCGCGUGCGGAGCGUCCUCCAGGAGGUGGCGGCCAGGGAGAGGCAGCACGCGAGGCGGCUGCUUCGGUGUGUGCUCCGUCGCUGGAGAGAGAACACCCUGGCCCUUGUGACUGAAGCCCAGCAAACCUCCCGAGCAAGCGCUCACUACCGGCGAACCUUGUGUUCCAAGGUCCUGGUGCAGUGGCGGGAGGCUGCAUCUGUGCAGAUAUAUUACCGACAGCAGGAGGACUGUGCCAUCAAGGAGGCCCGGAAGGUGCUGGAUAAGGGCUGUCUCAGGACGUGGUUUCGGCGCUGGCGGGACCGAGGCCAGAGGGCGGCCCAGCAGAGAGCCCAGCUCAGGAGGGCGGCUGCGCAUCACGGCCGGUGGCGGCUGCGGCAGGCCGUGGCCCGGUGGAAGGCGCACCAUCUGGGCUGUGUCAGGAAGCGGCUCCUGCAAAGGCGGGGUGCCCAGCUCCUGGCCCAGACCCGCAGCCGGGCCUGCUUCCGCCAGUGGAAACAACAGCUGGCGAACAGGAGGCGCGAGCAGCAGGGCACAGCCCGGGCCCUGUGGUUCUGGUCCUUCUCACUACAGGCAAAGGUAACGGGGGCUCCCCCCCUGCUCUCCCUGCCUCUCCCAGGAGAGGACCUCGCUUCGGUGGACGGCAGGCUGGGUCGUGGGGACAGCCCUGGGCGGGGGGGAGGCUUAAGCAGGGAGAACUGGGCCUCAUCUCCUCCUCACCCUGGAGGUGUGGGCCGCAUGGCUGGGCUUUGUGCUGGAAAGGAGGAGAAAGAAGGCGCGUCAGGAGCGGGCCGUACAGGCCUACCACCGGCAGCUUCUCCAGGAGGGCGCCACACACCUCCUGCGGUUCGCAGCCGGCAUGAAGGCCUUCCGGCAGCAGCUGCAUGCCCAGCAGCAGGUGCAGCUCACAGUCUCCACCGUGCGGUCCAUCACUGUGCCAUGCUCUGGAAACAGAAGGUUCUGGGCCAGGGCAGGGAGCCUCGGCCCCUCACGUGCACCAUGCCCAGCAGGAGAGUGACAUUUGACAGACCCCUUUCCACCUGUGUCGCGGCUGGGGCUGGGGAUGCCGCCCUGGAGACCAAGAAGCCACGAGAUCCUCAUGGGCCCCGAGGAGCUCUGGGCAGCCUGUCUCUGGCUGCUGGGGACCCCCACCUCCUAGAGCUCAAUGCUGCCCGCUUGGCAAGAAAGCAGCCUCGACGCCCACAUUUCCUGCUGGAGCCGGUGCCGAGCCAGAGGCCCCUGGGGUGUGGCACCCUCGGGGGGAAAGGGCCUGAGGCACCGAGGGCGUGCGACCCAGGUGUGGCCCAGCCCGCAGGCCCUGCCCUGACGAGGCCUUGCCUGCCAGUGGCCUGGACAGCACUGGUCCCAAGCAGCCCCCUGCCCCAGCCCGGGGCCCUGCCGGGUCACCCUGGCCUGAGGCUGCCCCCCACGUUGAGUACAGGCCCAGAGCUGCUGCCCCCUUCGUCCUUCAUGCCAUGUGGGGUGCAAGCACCUGCCAGGGCGUCUGCACAGCCCACCAUCCCUGGGCUCACAGCCCAGGCCUCGCCAUCCCCAGCCAGUGUCCCUCACUCUGGCCUGCUGCUUCCUGGGGACUUCACAGGCACCGGCGGGCCUGGCUCUGCAAGCGCAGGUGCGCAGCUGAAGCCUGUCAGCACCAAGGGUGCCCGGGCCGCUCCCGAUGCCUGGGAUCCCUCCAUUCAGCCUUGGCCUAGCCAGGACCGCGGUCGAGAUCCAGCUUGUUCUGUCACCAAGGGCCCCACGGACCUGGAGGCUGAGCUGGAGGGCAUCCAGCAGCAACUGCAGGACUAUCAGACCAUGAAGCAGAACCUCUCGUCCUGCCAGCGGCAAGCAAGAAGCCUGCGCCGGUGGCUGGAGCUGAGCCACGAGGAGCCCAGGCCGGAGGACCAGGAAGCAGAGCGGCAGGUGCAGGAAGAACUACAGGAGGUGGAGCGGCAGAUCCAGCGGCUGGCCUCUGAGCUCCAGGCCCAACGCCAGCCCGUCAGCGCCUGCAUCGCGCGCGUCCAGGCCCUGCGGCGGGCUCUGUGCUAGUCACUGGCCCGGGGAGGCCUCAGCCCACCUCCAG